UUUACAUUUUAAUACUUUUAAAAUCAGUUGACAAGCGGGAAAAUUUGAGUGAGAGUGUAUGUGUAUGUGUCCAGUGGUGUUUUCAUAUUUAUUUCGUUUUUUUUGGUUAUUUAUUUCACAUUAUUUUCAAUCGAUUAAAAUUCAAUCAUGGCGCAUAUUAGACGAGCUGUUAGACGUGAUCAUUAUAAACCGUUUAAUUUAGGACGAAAUCGAAGGGGAUCAGCAGACUCAAAUUAUUCACAACCAUCGUCCGACUUGUCGCUGGACGAGGAAAAGGAGACGCUCCGGCGGGAGAAGGAGCGCCAGGCGCUUAAUCAGCUGGAGAAGGCACGGGGUAAGCCAGUCGCAUUUGCGGUUCGCACCAAUGUGUCAUACGACGGCGCCUUGGACGAUGAUUCUCCCGUACACGGAAGCGCAAUCUCCUUCGAUGUACGAGAUUUUUUACAUAUCAAGGAAAAAUAUGAUAACAAUUGGUGGAUUGGACGAUUGGUCAAAGAAGGCUGUGAUGUUGGAUUUAUACCAAGCCCGGUGAAAUUGGAGAACCUGCGUCUGCAACAAAGUCAGGCCAGGAAUUCAAAAUUGUAUUCGAGUAAGACUUCGUCAAGCAGCAAUCUAGGUGCUGUAGGGAACGACGUGUCCAGAGGUAGCACCCCUCCCACACCUGGUGACGAUUCAGAUUCAGUGGGUAAUCCACGACCGGGGAAAACUACUUUAACAACACCACCAGCAAAAGAAAAAAGAAAACCUUUUUUUAAAAAACAAGAAACUACAACACCAUAUGAUGUCGUACCAUCAAUGCGUCCUGUUGUACUAGUAGGACCAUCAUUAAAAGGCUAUGAAGUUACUGAUAUGAUGCAAAAAGCUUUGUUUGAUUUCUUAAAGCAUAGAUUCGAAGGCAGGAUAAUUAUAACAAGAGUAAUGGCUGAUAUAUCAUUAGCAAAACGUUCAUUAUUAAAUAAUCCUUCCAAACGUGCAAUAAUGGAACGUUCGAAUUCCAGAUCAACAUGUUUAGCUGAAGUACAAGCUGAAAUUGAACGUAUAUUUGAAUUAGCACGUACAUUACAAUUAGUCGUAUUAGAUUGUGAUACAAUUAAUCAUCCAUCACAAUUAGCCAAAACAUCGUUAGCACCAACAAUUGUUUAUUUAAAAAUUUCAAGUCCAAAAGUAUUACAACGUUUAAUAAAAUCACGUGGUAAAAGUCAGGCGCGUCAUUUAAAUGUACAAAUGGUAGCAGCUGAUAAACUAUCACAAUGUCCUCCAGAAAUGUUUGAUGUGAUUUUAGAUGAAAAUCAAUUAGAAGAUGCAUGUGAGCAUAUUGCUGAAUAUUUAGAGGCGUACUGGAGAGCUACACAUCCACCGGUUGUAGCACCGACAGUACCGCCAGCAGUACCUAGACCACUACAGCCUUCACCACAGCCAUCACCCAGUACUGAAAUGCAAGGCAAUCGUUUAGCUGCAACACCACCUGGGCAUCAUGAUCCUUACGCAUAUCAACAUGAUGCUAGAGGUCCAUCAUAUCACACAGCGCAUUCAAGAAGAUCCCGUUUAGAUCGUGAUAGAGAAUAUGAUGAUUAUAUAGAUCAUGAAAUAAUCGCUGAACGUGAAUUAUUAUACCCACAUGAGGGCGCUAUGCAUCAUGUUCCACAUCAUUUAUCGGGUGGUCAAGAUUAUCGAAGCGAGCACCGUGGUGGUGGUAUGUUAGAGCGUGGCGCAAUGGUCGUACCGCCUACGCGUAGUGAACAUAGAGGUGCUCGUGAUGAAGAUUAUCAUUCACCACAUAGAGCGUCGUCACGUCGAGCGUUAAAUGCCAUCUAGUCUACGGCCAAGUUCGAUUAUUAUUAUGAUUAUGUUUGAAUUUCAUAUA